GGAUGACCACGAGCUCACCAUUAUACACCAUAUAUACAUACAUAUUUAUGAUCAUCCCGGACACCAUUGUCUCGAAGCAGACAAUGGAGCUUCCUUUGUUUGCAAUCCUUCAAAGGACACCACGAGUUGCAGUUACAUUAGCUUUUGUUCUAUUUCUCCUCACUAUAGUCCCUGCUCUAUAUUCUCUACUCGCAAAUCCAAUCUUACCUCUAUCAAUCUCAUCAUCUGAAACAGAUCGUUCCCCUUCAGUCAACCAUAUACAUUACAGUAAUCAUAAUUUUUCAUCAAAUCAGAUUCAUUCACCCCUUCCCGCUCCACCCAACCAUACGCCUUCACGACAUCGAAAAUCUUCUUUCCAUCGGAUUCCUACACCUGAGAGUGGUCCCAUUCCCUCUCCAACCAAUCCCACACCUUUAACACAACAAAGUCCUUCAUCCAAUCAGAUUCUUUCACCUAAGAGUAGUCCGAUUCCUGCUCCACUCAAUCAUUUGUCUUUAAGGCAUCGGAAUUCUUCAUCCAAUCAGAUUUCAUCAUCUGAUGAUCAUUCAUCCCCGGUCACUACAUCACCAGCAAGGACGCGGAUCAGAGAUGAUGAGCAAAAGUGUGAUCUUUUUUCCGGGGAAUGGGUGCCAAACGAAGAAGCUCCAUACUACACCAACAUGACUUGUUGGGCAAUACAUGAUCACCAGAACUGCAUUAAGUAUGGGAGACCAGACACUGGGUUCAUGAGAUGGAGAUGGAAGCCGGACAGCUGCGACCUCCCCAUUAUUGAUCCUCAAGUAUUCUUGGAAAUGGUGAGAGGGAAAGCCAUGGGGUUUGUAGGUGAUUCCAUUAGCAGAAAUCAAGUGCAAUCUCUCUUGUGCCUUCUCUCUAGGGUAGAAUAUCCUGAAGAUAUUUCUCCUUCACCAAAUACAGAUUUCAAAGUAUGGAAUUACACAUCAUAUAACUUUACUCUUCAUGCCAUGUGGUCACCAUUUCUAGUGAAGUCUACUAAACUUGACCCUACAGAUCCGAAGUCCAACUUCUUCAACCUGUACCUCGACGAGUAUGACACUGAGUGGACGAGUCAGCUCGACUACCUCGACUACCUGGUUAUAUCAUCCGGCCACUGGUUUUACCGACCGGUUAUUUUCUAUGAAAAUCGACAAAUCUCUGGGUGCCAAUACUGUGGGUUACCAAACACUACUGAAUUGCCUUUGGACUAUGGAUACAGGAAGGCUUUAAGAAUAUCUUUAAAAGCUAUACUCGAAAAAUUCAAGGGUCUGGCAUUUUUAAGGACUUUUUCUCCUCAGCAUUUCGAAGGUGGGCCUUGGAACAAGGGAGGGGACUGUGUAAGGACACGACCUUAUAGAAGAAAUGAGACUAUAGCCGAAGGUGCAGAUCUCAAGGUUCAUGACAUUCAACUGGAGGAAUUUAGAGCUGCAGAAGAAGAAGGGAGGAAGAAGAAGGGUUUGAGACUACAAUUAAUGGACAUGACACAGGCAAUGCUAUUGCGACCAGAUGGGCAUCCUGGGAGAUAUGGCCAUCUACAGAAUGCGGAGGUGACUUUAAGAAAUGACUGUAUUCAUUGGUGCCUGCCUGGACCUAUCGAUAAUUGGAAUGAUAUUUUACUACAAAUGAUGAAGACGGAGAACUAGAAAGCAUCCCUCAAGAAUGAGUAGAA